AUGGCAGUCACCAAGCCCUCUAUCACCAUUGUUGUUGUUUUAGAAUGGGGUGAUAUUUAUGGACUCAAGGAUAAGAAGGCACGUGAAAAGGCCUGCAAGCUCCUGUUCAUGGAUGAAUCAAGCGAGUACAAGAUGUACGAGGCAGUGAAAUUCCUCAUGCUCUACCUGGCCAUUGAGAUGUUUGAGGGCAUGAGACACGGGCAAGAUGUCCCCAAUUUCUGUGCAAUCCUUUUCUCAAGGGACACAUCUUUAGACCCUUUUAGCUUCAUGCUAAAUCACCUGAACACCAUUGGUGACUCUGGUGGCCUUGAGCAGAUUGAGAUGUUUCUUCCUGGAUACACAUUACAGCUGCAAAUGCAAACCUUCAGACUGUACAAGUAUGACACAGAGGAAUUUGAAGUUAGUUUCACUGAUGUAUGUGGGAGGGACUGGCACAAGAUCACCCUCCUGACAGAGGACGACAGACAUUAUAACAUACAGUGCCUUGCGAAAAUGUCCAAUUGCACGUCGCCACGUCACCCUCCAGUGCUGAUGGGCAUGACCUGGCCUGGUGUCCCUGUUGGUUACAUCUAA